AUGCUCUAUCUAGUUGGACUCGGCCUCGCCGAUGAGACGGAUAUCACCGUCCGCGGUCUAGAGAUCGUCAAGCGGGCCGAGAGAGUCUAUCUAGAGGCUUACACGAGUAUUCUUCUUGUCGAUAAGGAAAAAUUGGAAGCGUUUUAUGGCCGUUCCGUCAUCGAGGCAGACCGUGAACUAGUCGAGACUGGCAGUAAUGACAUCCUCGCCGGCGGCGACAAAGCCGAUAUUGUGUUCCUGGUAGUGGGAGACCCAUUCGGCGCAACAACGCAUACUGACCUUGUCCUCCGCGCGCGCGAACUUGGAAUCGAGACCAGAGUCGUCCCGAACGCCUCCAUCAUGUCCGGAAUUGGCUGCACGGGGCUCCAGCUGUACAACUUCGGACAAACAGUCAGCAUGGUUUUCUUCACCGAGACCUGGAAGCCGUCAUCGUACUACGAUCGUGUGCGCGAGAACGUGCAGACCGGCCUACACACACUAGUCCUGCUCGAUAUUAAAGUCAAGGAGCAGUCACUGGAGAAUAUGGCGCGCGGACGCCGCAUUUUCGAGCCCCCGCGCUACAUGACUGUUGCACAAUGUGCGGCACAAAUGUUGGAGACGGAGGAGGAGCGGAAGGAGGGUGUCUAUGGGCCGGAUAGUUUGGCUGUUGGUGCGGCGCGUGUUGGUGCUGCUAAUCAGAAGCUUGUUUCUGGUACGCUUAAGGAAUUGUCUACUGUUGAGAUGGGCGCGCCGUUGCACAGUCUUGUUCUUCUUGGUCGGAGGACGCACGAUCUUGAGAGGGACUAUAUUCGCGAAUAUGCGGUCAAUAAGGAGACUUUUGAUGCGAGCUAUGUCAAGGGAUAUGGGGCUAGCUUGUAA